UCGGAGUUGACAAAAGCGAUCUGUCUCAGUCGAAACAUUUUGGACACAGUUACAUUUUUUUACAUUUCAAUUUUGAGCCCUGGACGCUGGCGAGGAUUACGUUGAUUUAUUUCGCUGUGAACCGAGCACCUGUGCCGUGCCGACGACUUGGUGUCACCGUGGAUUUGAGCACUGCAGAGAGGAAAGUGGGACUUUAUUGUUAAAGGCUAGCCAGCUAGCUUUGCCAGGCGGCUUGUUUUUGCGUGCAUAGCGUGGACCACAGACUAUAUGGCUACGAAUUACGAGCCAAUAUAUGGACUUUCAGAAGAUGAGAAUGAAACCAGAGUGUUGCGGGUUAAGGUCAUUGCAGGAAUUGAUUUGGCGAAGAAAGACAUCAUUGGAGCCAGCGACCCUUACGUCAAGCUUUCCCUUUAUGUUGCGGAUGAAAACAGAGAGCUCGCCUUAGUCCAAACAAAGACUAUUAAAAAGACCCUCAAUCCCAAAUGGAACGAGGAAUUCUACUUCAGAGUCUGUCCGCAGAAUCACAGGCUACUCUUUGAGGUGUUUGAUGAAAACAGAUUGGCUUCAACCAAGAAUGGGCUUUUCCAUCUCGGACAGACCAGAGAUGAUUUCCUGGGACAAGUUGAUGUUCCUCUCAGUCAUUUGCCGACAGAGGACCCUACCAUGGAGCGUCCCUACACAUUUAAGGACUUCCUCUUACGGCCCAGAAGUCACAAAUCCAGGGUGAAGGGUUACCUGCGUCUGAAGAUGGCCUAUCUGCCCAAACAAGGAGGACCCGAGGAGGAAGCUGGAGAGAUGAGGGAGGAGGCUGAGGGAUGGGAUGAGAAUGCAGACUCAGGGUCUCAGCGACCCCAGCAGCUGCUGCCACCAUUGCCCCCAGGUUGGGAAGAGAAGGUGGACAACCUGGGACGCACCUACUUUGUCAACCACAACAACCGCUCUACACAAUGGAAACGGCCCUCCAACAUGGAUGUGAUUUCAGAGACAGAGAGUGACAAUCAACAGCGGCAGAUCCAUCAGGAAGCACACCGUGUUUUCCGUUCUAGACGCCACAUCAGUGAAGAUCUAGAGAACGAGCACCUGGAGCCCAGGGACAUUGACAACUCCUGGGAGCUCAUCACAGAAGAGGAUCCUAACGACAGCUUGGCCCAGUCACUGCCUGGCCCCUCCUCCGUCAUGACGCCACAGCACCCAAGCACACCCGUCACCCAGGAGUUCUCCGAAGAUUUGAAUCUGAGGCUGUCACUUACACCCGACACUAAUGGCGAAGUGCCAGGGCCCAGCUCUGCUCUGGGCCAAAUGUCAAACAGACUCCGUUCCUCCAGUAUGACAGAUGGCGUCAGUGAUCAGACCCAGGCUCCUCCUCUCACGAGUUCCCAGACCAGAAGAACGAGAGCUCAAACAGUCUCAGGUGGUGAGGAGCCUAUGUCUCCCUCAGCGACUGCUUACACCUUGACCACCCCUGGCCUGCCCCCUGGAUGGGAAGAGAGGAAGGACGGCAAGGGAAGAACUUAUUACGUCAACCAUAACAGCCGCACCACUACCUGGACUAGGCCAAUUGUGCAGCUGACUGAAGAUGGAGCCAGCACCUCAGCAGCAGCAGCAGCAGCAGCAGCAUCAGGAGGAGCCUCGGCCCUGCCAUCCGCAUCCACCCCUUCCUCCUCUUCCAAUGCUUCCAGCAACCACCUCCAUGAGCCCCAAGUCCGACGACCUCGUAGCCUCAGCUCCCCUACUGUCACCCUUUCCACCCCCUUGGAGGGAGCCAACAACAUCCAGGUGCGGAGGGCUGUGAAGGACACGUUCUCCAACCCCCAGUCUCCCCAACCUUCCCCCUACAGUUCCCCCAAGUCACAGCACAAGGCACAGCAGAGCUUCCUGCCUCCAGGCUGGGAGAUGAGGAUAGCUCCUAACGGACGGCCUUUCUUCAUCGACCACAACAGCAGAAACACCACCUGGGAGGAUCCUAGGUUGAAAUAUCCAGUCCAUUUGAGGAAUAAGAACUCAAUGGAGCCUGGUGAACUUGGUCCUCUUCCUCCUGGCUGGGAAGAAAGAGUUCACUCGGACGGACGCACCUUUUACAUCGACCACAAUACAAAGAACACGCAGUGGGAAGACCCUCGUCUACAGAGUCCAGCUAUCACAGGACCUGCGGUUCCUUACUCCAGAGAGUUCAAGCAGAAAUAUGACUACUUCAGGAAGAAAUUGAAGAAACCGGCUGACAUCCCCAACCGAUUCGAGAUGAAACUACACAGGAACAACAUCUUCGAGGAGUCUUAUCGUCGAAUCAUGUCCUUGAAAAGGCCGGAUGUUCUGAAGGCGCGGCUGUGGAUCGAGUUUGAGUCAGAGAAAGGACUGGACUACGGUGGCGUGGCUAGGGAAUGGUUCUUCCUCUUAUCAAAGGAAAUGUUCAAUCCUUACUACGGCCUGUUUGAAUACUCAGCCACAGACAACUACACUCUCCAGAUAAAUCCCAACUCCGGCCUGUGCAAUGAGGAUCACCUCUCCUAUUUCAAGUUCAUCGGGCGUGUUGCAGGGAUGGCCGUGUUUCAUGGAAAACUACUGGAUGGUUUUUUCAUCCGGCCCUUCUACAAAAUGAUGCUGGGAAAACAAAUCUCUCUUAAAGACAUGGAGUCUGUGGAUAGUGAAUACUACAACUCUCUCAAAUGGAUUCUGGAGAAUGAUCCCACUGAGCUGGACCUGAGGUUUUGUAUUGAUGAGGACAACUUUGGACAGACGUACCAGGUUGAUCUUAAGCCCAGUGGCUCGGAUAUGGUGGUCACCAACGAGAACAAAAAAGAAUACAUAGACCUGGUCAUCCAGUGGAGGUUUGUCAAUCGGGUCCAGAAGCAGAUGAACGCCUUCUUGGAGGGCUUCACUGAGCUCAUUCUCAUAGAUCUGAUCAAGAUCUUUGAUGAAAACGAACUGGAGCUGCUGAUGUGUGGUCUGGGUGAUGUCGAUGUCAACGACUGGAGACAACACACUGUUUACAAGAACGGCUACUGCCCCAACCAUCCUGUUAUUCAGUGGUUCUGGAAGGUUGUCCUGUUGAUGGAUGCUGAAAAGAGGAUCCGACUCCUGCAGUUCGUCACAGGAACGUCACGAGUCCCCAUGAACGGCUUCGCUGAGCUUUAUGGUUCUAAUGGUCCUCAGCUGUUCACAAUCGAGCAAUGGGGAACACCUGAUAAGUUGCCAAGAGCUCACACAUGUUUCAACCGCUUGGAUCUUCCAACCUAUGAAUCCUUUGAGGACCUGAGAGAGAAACUCCUCAUGGCCGUGGAGAACGCACAGGGCUUCGAAGGGGUUGACUAAAACAGCAACCCUCUGUCUGCAUCCAACCAACCGACAAUUUAAAAAAACACACAAAACAAAACAAAAAGCCACAGGGAUGUCAAACCAGCUGCUGUAGCAGUUCUGUGUGAGCAUGUUGUACUGUAAUGCCUGACUGUGAGCCACCUUGACAGCAUGGUGGUUUCGAGACUGUACAGCGACUUGUCGAGCCAAUAUGCCUCCGUCUUUAUAACUUUUCAGUGUGCAUAGGUCACUCCUUAAAGGUGCUGGGGGCUGGGGAAAGAAAGGGAGAGUCGCACUGUCUUUUUAUCCACAGGCAUGAACGAUGAAUGAGAGCUGGCCCUGAUACUGUACAUUUCUUUCCCCACUACCCUCGUCCUGUGAAAAUCUACAGUGCUGGAAUAACACUAAUGCAUUUCAAUAGCUCCUUUAUGUACACUAUAGCACAGUAUUUGAGCACCUUUCAGUGGAAGGGUCUUAGCAUGGCCUUAAUCUGGCUCCUACAUGCACUAUUUCUCUAAGAAACUGCAAUGGCACUAUGAUCACAACUCUCUCAAAUCCUUAGACCAACACCAGAUUACCUUAGGAAUGUUAGCCAAUCACAUUUCAGGAAAUCGGCCACACCCCUCCAUAGAGCCUCGUCUAUGUUGUGUGAUCAGAUAUCGCCGCUGCAGCCUUUUGUAGAGUAUGUUUUUGUUUUCUUUUUUUUAGGUAAGGAUUAAAGAACGGGGGGAUGAAAUAAUCCCCAGAGAUGGUUUUAUAGUUUUUGCCAGUCAUCAUGGAACAGAUUUUUUUUUUUUUUUUUAAUUCAUUGGUAUCAUUCUUGCAGGAAAAUACUCUCAACGUAUUUGUACUGAUGAACAAUGUUGUUUACUAUUUUGACACUUCUAUAUGAGAUGGUGUGUGAAGUGUAAUUCUGGCUGGUCUGGGGGGAAAAAAACGAUUAAUCCAUAUCAUUUGUUAUGGUGAUAGCAAAUGUGCUGAAUAAAAUGUUUUUUAUUGUAGUGCUAUGGAAGCAGCAUGAAACUGUACCUUGUGUUUGCUUUUGACUACAUAGUAAUUUGGACGUGUAAUCAGUCUUGAGGUCGGGAAGGGAAAACUCAGAAUGGGGGAUAGUUUCUCUGAGAUGUGCAUCAUGAUUAUAUUAAUAUUCUCAUGCCUGUUGCUGUUCAUAAUGCUGUAAAUUGUUCUUGGAAAACACAUUUUUAAGUUCUUUCAUGAUAUAUAAAUAUAUGUAUGUAUUACAUUUAACAGAAGUAUUACUGAUCAACAACACUAAAAUGAAGCUGUGUGCGUGCGCGGGUGUUUGAGAGAAAAGCUGUGAUUGCCACUGAAUAUAAAGCAGCACGUUUCUUACAAAGAAAAAAAAUGUUUUCUUUUUUAUGUUUGUUUCUCUCUCUCUCUCUCUCUCUCUCCUUUUUCUAACACCAUUGAACCUAAAGGGCACUUUAUAGAUCACUCUGAGGUCAUGUCGCCUAUUGUAUGUCUUUUGUCAUUAACUUGAAUGUGAUUCUUCUUUCUUUUUUUUUUCAUUCAGAGCACUUACCUGGUGCAAUAUAAAUAGUCUGUAAAUCUGGGCUGCUGCUAAGGUAGAAAAAGUUGACAGAAGUGAAGCAGAGACUUCACACCCUUUAGUAUUCUCGGUUUUAUCUCUUCUCUACCUUCUCCUCAUCCCUUGUGUUUCUUCCCUCCUGUGAUCCCACCACUCAAACUGAUUCAGUAAAGAUUAGUCCCCCUUUUAUAGGAGGGUUUUUUUUUUUUUUUUAACAAAUGACAGAAAAUAUCACUUUUGUUAAAGAUUCCAUCACUCCCUACAACUCUUUGUGGUUCAUUUAACUCCAGUCGAAAUAAAAAUGAAACUUCUCAGA